AUCUUCCACGGGGGUGGUGCCGUGGCCUGGUGGUGCCCCCAGCGCGGCGGCCUCGGUGAGCAGCAGCGAGCACGAGGACCUUGCCGCCGCCGCCCGGGAACCCUAACCCCCUCAUUCCCCAAUCCACGCGCUUCCCUCUCUCAUCCGUCCCCCGCGCCGCGGUAUCGAGGGGGUUGCGGUGGAGUGCCGGCUCGCCGCAGCCGGCAUACGGCAGGGGCAAGAAGCCCGGAGCAGCGGCGGUGAGUCGAGCAACCGGAAAACGGAGGUCAGCUCCGGGCACCCGAAUCCUUACUCUCUGAACAUGGAAAUGCGUGUUUGAUUCAGUUCAACGAAAAUGCGAAUGCCUGAUAGGAGGCGACGGAUUAUUUGUUUAUUUAUUUUGGUUGAAAUGCAGAGACUAGUUGAGGGAUUGGGAAAUGAAGAAGAAGAAGGCGGCAGUGGAUUUGAAGUCCCUGUGGGAAAGGACCGGGAAGGUGCCGAAGACGGCAUCCACCUCAGUGCCGGCAGUGGCAGCGGCAGCGGCACCUCCGUCAAGUUUGCUUCGAUGCUUGAGGUUCUUUCUGCAGCAAGGACUGGCUUUUCAGGGGCAUGGCGAAAUCGAGGAGUCACUGAAGGAAGGAGUUUUUCCUGAGCUCUUGAAGUGGCUGGCAGAGCAUUUGGAAGGAGCUGACAAGGCGGUUCUGGAGAAUGGUUUAAGUGAUCCUCAAAUUACUUCUCCAAACAUGCUGAAGGAUCUGGUCAGUGCUUGCGCCAGAGAAACCACCAGGCGUAUUGUGCGGGACCUUGGCGAGGAGAAUUUCGCGAUACUUGCUUGCCUGCUUACUGAUGCUUGCCAUAAUGAGCAGCUGGUUGUUUGCUUGCGGUAUGUCGAUAAGAAAGGAAGGGUGGUUGAGAGGUUGGCUGGCAUUGUGAAUGUUGAGAACCCAGACGCUUCUACAAUUAAAGGUGCGAUUGAGUCCGUACUCAGGGAUCACUCCUUGAGCUGGUCAAGGGUCCGUGGGCAGGGGUAUGAUGGAGUAGGCAACAUAAGGGAUCACGUGAAGGGUCUAAAGAAACUAAUAACGGAUGAGUCUCCUUCUGCUCAUUAUGUUCAUUGCUUUGCCCAGGAACUGCAAUUGGCACUUGUUACUGUUCUUAAGAAGAUCGAUGCUUGUGCUGAUUUCUUUGAGCAAAUUGAAUUUUUGUUGAGUGUUCUUGAAACUUCCUGCAGAAAGGCUCAAAUGCUUCUAGUAGCUGAAGCUCAACAAGUACUAGAAGGUUUGGAUCCAAAGAAGCCGUUUAGUACAAAGGAUGAUGCUGGUUAUGGAUUUCAUUAUAAAACUACCAUACGAAUUUAUGUACUAUAUCCCACCAUCCGAAGUGUUCUCAUCAUGAUUGGAGAAGACUGCACUCAAGGCAUGGAGGCUGUAAAAGCUCGAAAGUUAUUGGCUUACUUCGAGUCGUUUGAGUUUGUUUUCAUGACACGCUUGUUGUUCAAUGUGUUGGGAUACACUUACGACUUAAGCAGACGUUUCCGAAUAUUCAGAGAUGAUUUUAUUGCAAAUGCCAUUGAUUUCAUUGGUUUGUCAAAUAAUGAGUUGUACACAUUGUGUGGGAAUGAUGAAUGGGAUACAUUUCUUAAAGAUGUAACUGCUUUCUGUGGGAAGCAUGACAUCAAAGUCCCUAGCAUGGAUGAUAUUUAUGAACCAGUGUUAAGAUCAAAAGGGUCCUUUAGAAAAGUCAAGAAUAUCCACCGCUACCGUGUUAAAAUUUUCACAAGUGUCUUUGAUGGGCAAUUUCAAGAGUUCAAUGACAGGUUUGAUGAGGUGAACGCAGAUUUUCUUCUUUGUGCGGCAUCACUUGAUCCAGCUAAGUCGUUUUAUCAUUAUGACAAGGAUAAGCUACUUAAACUUGCUCGGUUUUAUCCCAAAGACUUCUCAAGAAAAGAUUUGUCACAGCUUCCCAUCCUUCUCACACGCUUUAUUGCUGAUAUGCGUGAGGAUGAAAGGUUUAGAGACGUGAAAAGUUUUGUUGAGCUUUCAGUUAUGCUUGUUGAAACAAAGAAGAGCCUCAAACAUCCUAUUGUUUACAAGCUUCUUAAAUUGGUGCUAGUUCUUCCCAUAGCAACUGCUAGUGUUGAGAGGGUAUUUUCUGCAAUGGAUCUUGUUAUGAAUAAGCUAAGAAAUAGAGUGGGGAAGCAAUUACUGUAUGAUUGCCUGGUUACAUUCAUUGAGAGGGAUGUUUUCAUGCAAGUCAAGGAUGAGGCCUUGGUAUCAUUUCCAAGCCAUUGUAGGAGCGUAAAGUUACAAGGAGCAUCUGGAUGUUAAGCUGAAGCUAAUGGCUGAGUAAUUCAGUAUGGACUGAAGUGCAAGAGGGAGGGAGCUGUUUUGAUUUUUGGCCAAAUCCAUAAAGCAAGGGAUCUGCUGCUUACUGUUGACGAGAAGAAACCUCGCCAUAUCUUCAAUAGUGAAUUUCUGCUUUUCUGCAUGAAAUGCGAUGGAUUCCUUGCUGACAAGCAGAGCAAGCUCAUCAUUGCUCUCCUGCAUAGUGCUUCGUGGCAAGGGUUGACAGGUGAAUCGUCAACAUCCCCUUGUUUAUGGUGAGGGUCGAGUCUGAGUGGCACAUUGACUUGUCAUUGACAGGCCCAUUCGGUGGUGGUGGUCCCCCUGGUAGGGUGAGGAACCAGAAGAACUGAAGAAGUCAAGUGGGCUGGUGGCUAUGCCGGUGGUAAGGAUGAAGAGAUCUGCGAAAAUAGAGAGCCUAGCAGUUUAAUGAUAUGUAAUCGCCUUAAGAUGUUAAGGAUGUGAGUGGUAUGUGUAGCCCAGCCUGAGAUUCACAAUGCCUGUGUUAUGUUUCAGAAUUUUAGCAGGUUGUCAUGUAGAUAGUGGCUUUCUUUUAUCUUGCUGUGUAAGGUAGCUCAAGCUAUCAUGUGUUUGGAGACGUCUAAUGUCUGAACUUGGAAGUUGGAAUAUAGUUGCACUGUCUAAUUCUUUUUAGGAGAACCCUAUUACA